AUGCGAAGCGACGACUAUGGAAGAGAUUUUGCGACAGUUGAUGCGCUGUUACGAAAGCAGACUGCUCUCGAGCGUGAUAUGAGUGCUAUCCAUCAAAAGCUCAUUGCUCACGAUAAAGAUGCUCAGAAUAUUCUUGCUAAGAAACCACCACUGAAGCACACUAUCUUGGAUUCCUUGAAAAAGCUGGAAGAAAGCUGGAAGGAACUGAGCCAAGCAGCUGAAUUGCGAAAUGAAAAUUUGGAUAAAUCAUACAAGCUCUACAAGUACAUCGACCAAGUAAAGAAGGCAGAACAGUGGGCGGCACAACUUCGGAACAAAAUGACGUCGUACCAGCAGCCAAAGACGAGCGCUGAAGCUGAGCAGCUAAUUGCACAACAUGCUGAACGUCGAGCCGAAAUCGACGGUCGCCAGGAUGAGCUUCAUGUGCUGCAUGAUGAGGGGCAACGACUUAUCUCGGAACAGCCAGAGCAUAAACCGGAGGUGCAGCGCGCCCACAAGCGCGUUCAGAACUCUGAACAUCAACUGAGACAGACAUGGGAAGCAGAGAAAGCCUCCCUCCAACGCAUGCUGGAAUGGCUGCAGUGGUGUGACCAGGCCGCGAUGUGCGAAAGAUGGCUUGCAGACAAAGAAAAUCUUCUCAAACAAGGAGAUAUCGGUGACGCCCCUGAUGUUGUUCAGAUGCUCAUCAAAUCACAUGAUGCAUUCGAAGAGACGGUGCGAAAACAGAGCGAGAAGCUUGAGAAUUUAAAAGCAGAUGCUGCUAAGCUUAUCACGAGUGAUAACGAAUACCGUGGAGAUGUCGAAGCAAGAUGUGAAGAAGUAUGCAGCGCAAUGCUGCGUGCUCGAUUCCACACUAAACUGCGGACUUCUUUGUGA